UAGUACGUGCAAUGGAAAAAUAAAAAAUCAUUCAACUUCAUAAAAACGAUUUAUCUCUCAUAUGGUUCUUGUUUUCCCCCCUCAAUUUUCAUGUCUGCAUUCUCCAUAAAUAUUACAUCGUCACGGAUGUUAUUGAAGGUACAUGUAAUACUUUUCUCCCAGUUAGUUGGCUCCAAGGACCGAACUGUGAUGGAAGCAUAAUCGAUAUUGUGAAACAUUCGAUAUAGAGCUGUAAGAAAAUAUGGCCAAAUUCGGCGUUAAGGUUGUCAUACAGAUUUAACGAAACAUUAUUAUCCAUUUUUUUUUAAAUCAAUAAAUUUACAUAAAUUCAACCUCAAAACGUGAAUGCCUGUGGCAAGGAAUUUUGUGCGGAAAUAUUAUGGUUGAGACGAGGGUAUGCUGUUACCUGUUUUUGUUAACGUUUUUGGAUUCAGUGCUACUAAUAAGGCCGUCCUUUCACGGUCACAACAAUGCAUUUGUCCAGGAUGACAAGGACGUCCAAUAUUUAUUGGACAACAUGCCCAUGUCCAUGCACAAGCAGGAUUUCACUGGAUCAGUGCACAUGGCCGGGGAUCCCGGAAUGAAUGACAAAGCCAUACCAGAUUCGAUAUCGUACAUCCAAUUUGAACCACGUUUUUUGGACUUCAAAGAGAGACAACUGGGAGUACCCCACAAAGAGACUGUGACACUCUUGAAUCGUGAUGCCAAUAGGACAAUCCAUUUGACGUCAAUUUCGGGCAGCACACAGCACUUUCACUCAUCCUUUUUCCAGGACAAAGUUAUUCCGCCACUGGGAAAUACGAGCUUCAACGUCAUAUUUCUUGGAAGAGAAGAGGGUGAAAUUGACAGCCAACUUUACAUUCAUACAUCAGAUGGAACCUUAAAAUAUCAAGUGAAGGGGUCGAGUAUAAGCAGUCCAUACAGGUUGCGACCAGUUGUGGGGGUCAAAUUACCUCUGAACGCGUCAUUUACACCUUUAAUUUACAUGCACAAUCCCCAUUCAGAGCCUAUGCAGGUUGUAGAGGUCUACAGUAGUGGAGGUGAAUUUCAAUUGGAAUUGCCAUCGGGUGAAGCUGAAGGGCCGCGUGAAUUAUGGGAGAUAGCACCAUACCAAACGAAACCAGUCAUAAGAUUACAUUUCAAUGCAUACGUAGAGAAGAAUCACACAGCUUAUGUGAGAUUCAAAGUCAACAAUAGCGCUGAAAUAAUGGUAGUUGCCAUUGAAGUGGAGGUUGGAAAUGGAGCUGGUCUUCACUGGGGAGGGAAUUCAGCGUCGAUAAACUUGGGAAUGGGUGGAUCACUACAAUCACCAACUCAGUAUCCAAUUGCACUGAGAAAUUCAGCAAAGAAACCAGUUAAAGUGAUCAAUGUCAUCAGUACACCAGUUUCAAAAGCACUGAGAAUAAACUUUGAAUCAACUGUAAUACCAGGUGAGACUGAAGGACCUGUUACAAUUGGCACACUGAUCUAUGAUUGGAAAGCUGGCUUGGAUUUAAAACAUUUCAAGGGCAAACUGGUGAUAAAGGGAAUUGGCCCUGGUGGUUCUAGUCAAAAACUCUCAAUUCCCUGGAUGGCGGAUGUUCUCCAGGGUGGUUUAGAGAUAAAUAGGACAGUUGCACAUUACUGUUCACCACACUCAAAUCAACCACGAAAUUUCAGUGUUGUUAAUAGAUUCAAAGUGCCACUUGCUAUCACCAAUGUAUCUCUAUCAUCGGAAGCCAAAUCAUUAUUUUCAAUAAAAAAUUUCAUUCCGAGGGUUCUCAAGUCGGGACAGAAGGCAAACAUCUUUACCCUGAAUCUCAACAAUGAAGGAAAAAGCGAUAAUACUAAAUUGGAAUCAAUAAUAAUAAUUCAUUCAAAUGUAUCAACAACACAAGUUCCAUUGCUGAGUUACGAUGGCAAAGUGAAAAAAAUCAUUCCUGGAGAAAGAGAGAGUGAUCGUGGAACGAUGAAUUUUGGAACAGUGGGCAGUGGUACAGAGAAUGAAGCAAUAUUUGCAUUAGAGAAUCAAAAUCCAGUGAAUAUUGAGCUCCAUGGUUGGGGUGUCAAUAUGCCAGGUGCAGUACUGGAACUCAUGGGAUGUCAAAGUGGCCCGACAGAUCUCUUCAACAAAGGCGUUAGAAAUAUGAGUGUCUGCAGUAAUACAGGAAAUCAGAGUAUAAAGCCCGGCUAUUUGGCUAUAUUCAAAAUCAAAGUGAAAACACCAAUGAUCGAGGAGGACACGAUUGUUGGUGAUGUUUUCGUGAGGACAACAUAUGAGAGGCUCACUGUUCCUGUAUACAUGAGAGUAGCUCACGGAAGGAUUUCUCUGAAAAAAUUGACAUUCUCCGAUUGUUUUCCCGGUUCAAUUUGCAUGCAACAGAUAAAAAUUCACUCAACAUUUUCACGUGCGAUGCAAGUUACAGUUAUAGCCCCAGUCGAUAAAGACAAUAGAGUCAAGUAUAUUCCACCAUUGGAGGAAUCUAAUCGACUUCCUACUAUAUCCAAAGGAGAAAAUCACAUUGGAUCAAUUAGAAUAGAUCCAUCAGUGACAUGCAAACCACAUUGUUAUCUGGGCUUAUCACUCAAUACAACAGCUGGAAAUCAAUGGUUGAAUACAAUGAAUUUACCCUCACACACUAGGGACUCAGAUUUAAAUCUGCUGAAUGCAAGAUACUCACGUUAUUUGAAUAUUUCAACUAGCUGGGAUAAUAUAACAAUGCGUCUCGAUACAACUGAAGUGCGCGGUCACAAAUUCUUUGUUAAUAUUAAGCCAUAUUGGCCGUCUCUGGUUCUCCCCUCAGAGGAUAAAAAUUAUAAUCAAAGAAACAAAACUAUACUGCAGCCAUUGACAUUUCCAUUGACUCAGGUUGGCAAUACAUCUUUCAAAAGUUUGACGAUUCGUAAUCCAAGCACUACUAAGCCACUCUUCAUUCAACUCGUUAUGGACUGGAGUUAUCCACAGGGUAUUCGAUUAUACCACUCAUUGCCAAAUAAAUUUAAACCUGUGUGUUACGAGUGUCCAGCCACUGUAGAUGGAGAAUUCAAACUCAAUGAUCAACAACAAGAGCGAAUGGCUUUUCAACAAAUUUUGGAUAUUGAAAGUGCAGUGGACUCAUUACCACUCUAUCUCAAUCCUGGCGAAUCAAAGACAAUAAAACUCUCAUAUACGCCAUCGUCGGCAACAUUCUCCUCGGGCUUACUUUAUAUUCGAAAUAACAUGACUAUCCUUGAAGUAAUACGCUUGAUGGGACGUGGUGCACAUGCCCAAUUUAAAUUUGGAAAUAGAAAGCCCAGUUCAAAUACGCCUCUCCUCUUUGAACUUGCUGAGAAACAUCUCAAGGAUUGUGAACAGCGGCGGGAAACAAUGAGGAAAAAUUCACUACCAAAUUUAACAGUGAUACGUUCGUUUACUGCUAGAAAUACUGGUGAAUUGCCAAUUGAUAUUUAUGGAUUUUCCAUAAGCGGAAUAGCUUGCGAGGGUUAUGGUUUCAAAGUCAUAAAUUGUCAAUCAUUCAAGCUCAAUCCAAAUUCUACCAAGAAAAUUGAAAUUGCUUUUACUCCCGAUUUUACUCUAUCAAAAAUUGAAAGAGAAUUGAUGAUCUUCACUAGUAUAGGAUAUGAUGGACCAGAUUCAGAUAGAGUGGAAAAUGGAAUUGUAAGGCUUUCACUCCUUACGACAAUUCCUGGACACAUUUUGGAGAGUUGUGCAGUAAUUUUAUCAAGACCCACGUGGGAAUGUCCUGUCCAUUGGGCAGCGAUAGGUCUUUCCUCAGUCUUUUUAAUAUGUAUCUUAGCCGUUUCAUUUUUAGAGGCUGACAGAAUAUUGAGAGGAGCAUUGGAAAGUAUGUCAAGAAAUAGUCCGGUGCAACCUCCCUUGGAUCUCAGGCAACUCGCUACUCAAGCAGUUUCCACACUUUCUACAAAAGAUAAAAUAAUCGACGAUAAUAAUAGGAUAAUGAUGAAGAAAAAAGAGGAGCCUGAUUGGAUGCUGAUGAAUGUCAAGAGAGGAGGUGGGAAGGAGCCAAGAGGACUCAAAAUACCAGAUUGGUCAGCUGAAGAGGAAAAACGUUUUAAAAUUGAUACGGACAUAAAAGAUCAUACUAAUGCUAAAUCAGAGCAAACCAAUGAAAUUAAUCACGAGACAAUUCAGCGUAAGAAGAAAAAGCCGACAGAUAUUGUUAGUGAGAGCUCGCAAGAUCAUCAAAAUCAAGAGCAAAAAAUUAAUAUUCCCAUGAAAGCAAGUCCAAUAAUCACCAAUAAGCCACAUAAUAAUAAUAAUAAUAAUAAUAAUAAUAAUAAAAAAGAAGAUAAAUGCGAAGAUGGUGAUUCACUUAAUGCAGCAAAUGAUACCAAGGAAAAACGUAAGUUUACAACACAGCACAAUAAUAAUAGUCAUAAUAAUAACAAUAAUAAUAAUAACAACAACAACAUUAACAAUACUGGAACGUACAAAAAAUAUGAAGGUAAUACUAGUCAAAAGAUUCAAUAUUCUGAGGAAGAGACCUCAUCAACAACGACCGAAAGCUCAACUCAGGAGGAUCAAGUACCUUAUAAUAAAGAACAAAUUUAUCAAAAAACAGAUAAAACCCAACGAAAAACACCUCUCAAGAAGAAUAAACAGCAAACCAGUCCAGUGGCAAAUUCAAUAGACUACAGAGACAAUUACGAGGGUGAUUGCGAUGACGAUGACUAUGACAAAGAGCGUCAAGAUAAUUCUACCAGAUGGAAAACGAAUUCAAAUAAAUUGACUACAUCAACCAAGCACCAUCACCAUCAUCAUUAUCACCAUCAUCAUCAUCACCAUCAGUCGCGAACAGCUGAGGGUUCUUUGAGUGCAUUCAAGCCGAUUAAAAAUAAAAAUCCAAUCCGCAAAGAUAAAGUCACGCAGAAAAGACGAACAGAAAAGCCGGUAAAAUUGAACAAUGCAGAAACGAAAAUAGCAACAAGACCAGUGCCAAGAGCACUCUCACCUGUACCUGCACCACCACCUCCAGCUUGCUGGGGUGAGAAUCGUCCAAGAUUUAGUGAUGUUGUCACGAGAAAUCAGGACUGUAUGUCACCGGCAUUUAUACUCAACAAGCCGGUGGUCAAUAAGCACGAUACUGAAGUGAAUAAAAGCCCAGAGAAUUGCCAGAGGCAGCCGUUACAAGAAAUUUACAAGCCUAAAUUGGAAUUUCAUCCAGAUUUAUCGCUACAAUUGGCAUCCGAGCAUUACUCUGGAAUAUCUGACAGUCAAGACUCGGCGUUUUGUUCUGAAUCCUUGAUAUUAGCCAAUCACGACGAGAAAUCGAGUAGUUACUUCUUGAAUUCUUUUGACCCCCAGUUUGAACCCGAACUCGUACCCUAUGAUGAUCUCCCAGAUACAGAUGAACCCCUGGUAGAGCUAGAAUGCCUUGAGGAUACUAUCCCUAGAUGUCAAUUGUGGAGCGAUAAAAAUCCCAUCACCAAUUCCCUAUCAGAGAGUAAUAAUUCAGGAUAUGGAUUGCCUGCGACUCCCAAACACGUGGAUAAACUUACACCUCUCGUUGAUACUUUCAAGGAUAAUUGGGUCACUGUCGAGACUAAUUGGGAACCGCUAUACACAAGGGGGGCAGUUGGUGAAGAGAGAAGUGGAGUUUGGGGCGUCAAUACUGGGGGUGUUUGGGCAGCAGCACCCUGGGGCGCUUCAACACCAGCUCUGUGUCCUCUUCAAAGCUCAUCCUCCUCCUCCCAAUCACCCGAUCACGACUUACCAGAGCGUUCAGGUUUCGAUCCAUUCAGAUCUCUCAGUACGAUAUGGACUCCAGCAUCCACGUCUAAUUGGCCGGCCAAAAAUAAUUAAUAAAGAAUGAGUAAUUGUGUCAUUGAAAAACCAAAACAACACGGUUGUGAUAUUUUUUUUCCCCUCAUCGUCACUUUUCAAAUGUCAAAAAAUUUAACUCUGGUCAAAAUAAAAGCAACGAUAUCACCAGUUUUGAAAAUGAGAAUAAAUCCAAAACCCUUUGAAUUGAAAAUUUUCUUUCCUUCAUCUAUUGAAAAAUUAACGAAAUUGGAAUCAACAGCUGGACUGGAGAGUACUGUAAAUGGAUUCAAUUGAACUGUACCUACUUUGUAAGACUGCUAAUUGUUGUGUUUCAAUAAAUCUCAAACCUUCAGUGAAA